AUGCGGGAGGCCGAGCAGGGGACCCAGCAGGAAGGGGACGGCGGCGAGGGCCGCUGCGAGCCCGGAACCCUUCCGUCCGGGAUCCCGGGCGCGGCGGACAAUCGCGACGGAGCCAUCCGCGCAGGGCAUGCCGGGAGCCGCGCCGGGGACAUGCGGGCCGGGCGGGGCUGCUGCCAGGGCCACGCACUCUUGAGCGGGGGGUGA